CUCCCCUCGGCUCGGCUCCCCUCGGCUCUGCGCACGCGCUGCCGUCGCCUUGGUUUCCCGGCGCUGCGCUGGCGCCGUCCGUGCCGCGCUCGGAUUUGAUUCCUGUAUCGUAAGGCUGCGGUCGCUGAUCUGUGGGGGAAAAAAGCGUGGAUUUGCGCGAGCACAGCUGUUCUCGCUGUCCCGGGGCUUCCUGUAAGCGCUGCCUGGCGGAACGGCCCCGUUCCGUAAGCCGUGACGGCAGGUUAGGCUGCGCCGAGCCCCACAGCGCGGAGCUGCGGCGCUGCAGCUGAGCGGGGCUCUGCGGGCGCUGUGCGCGGCUGGCGGCGGUUCGGCCGUCACACGGCGCCGGAUCCGGGCCCGACAAAACUCCCGGGUACGCGGCCGGCUUUGUGCAGCAACAAGAAACCGGCCUGGGAGGCGCUUUGGAGCUGAGCGGGUCUGAGCGCCGCAAAGCAGAGCCCCGAGGAGUCGCCGUGGUCGCGGUGAGGGAAGGGGAGAUGCGGCGGGCCGCUUGGUUUUUGUAUCGCGUGGGAGCGGAGAGCUCUGCGUGAGCAGGCGGUACUCAGAAGGGAAGGAGAGGUUCAGACGUCUCAGUUAUGGCAAAGGACAAGAAGAAAGAUGGCAAGAAGUCAGAGAAGCCCGUCCAUCCUGCCCCUGCGCACGGUGCUGCGGCUGAGAGCAGUCCCACAAAGCUGACGGCUCUGCGCUCCUCGGCCCGUGAGGCAGAAGGAGCACAGGCAAGUGCAGCGGAAUCGGAUAAAGAACCAGAGAAAGCAGAGGAGCCCCCCGCCCAAGACGUUCCUCCAUACUACGAGGAGCCCAUUCUUACUCAACUCGUUGUGAAAAGGUAUGAAGGUGACAAAGUUCGUAGGUUGUAUGAGGGUGAAGGUGUUGCAUUUUUUGAGGGAGGAAAUAUUUAUAAGGGCAUGUUUUCUGAAGGGCAUAUGCAUGGACAAGGGACUUACACGUGGGCUGAUGGAGUGAAGUAUGAGGGAACGUUCGUUAAGAAUGUGCAGAUGGUUAAUGGAUGCUAUACGUGGAACGAUGGCAGUAUUUAUGAAGGCUCAAUCAAAAAUGGACUCAGGCAUGGAUUUGGCUUUUUCAGGAGUGGUAUCCAUCCAGUUUCUUACAUUGGUUACUGGUAUGAAGGCAAAAGACAUGGAAAGGGCACCAUUUAUUAUGACCAGGAACAUAUGUCUUGGUACUCAGGUGACUGGGUAGAUAACGUCAAAGAAGGAUGGGGAAUAAGAUGCUAUAAGUCUGGAAAUAUCUAUGAAGGUCACUGGGAGAAAAAUGUACGCCAUGGAAGGGGAAGAAUGAGGUGGCUGACAGCUGAUCAGGAGUAUGUUGGACAGUGGGUGUAUGGAGUACAGCAUGGAUAUGGCACCCACAUCUGGUUUCUGAAGAGAAUGCCUGCAUCUCAGUAUCCCCUGAGGAAUAAGUACGUGGGUGACUUUGUGAGCGGGGAGCGCCACGGCCGCGGGAAGUUCAUCUACGCCAGCGGAGCUGUGUACGAUGGCCAGUGGGUUCAUAACAAGAAGCAUGGCAAGGGCAAGUUUGUCUUCAAGAAUGGAAAUAUUUAUGAAGGAGAAUUUAGAGAUGAUAAGAUGGUAGAAUAUCCUGCUUUUCAGCUGGAUGCAGUGAGUGCUCCAAAGCUCAAUGCCAUUUGCUCAGGAAGUUGUUUUGGCUCUGAGACCAUCAGAAUCAUUGGCAACAGUCCUUCUGCUCUGGGAUCAGAUAUUGAAUUAGAUAUAUCUUCACUGCUUAACUUGUUGCCAAGGCAAGAGAGACAAGAAGAAGUGAAACAAGUAGAAUUUGCUGUGUUGAGACACAUUACAAAACUGAGAAGAAUUUACACCUUUUACAGCAGCUUAGGCUGUGAUGAUUCUCCUGACAACACCUUCCUUAUGACCAGGCUCCAGUUUUGGAGAUUUCUGAAGGACUGCUGCUUUCAUCACUCCAGUUUAACUCUUGCUGAAAUGGAUCGGAUAUUGAGCGGUGAUAAAACACCACUUGAGGAGAUACAUUCUCCAUAUGAGACUUUACUGUUUAGAACAUUUUUAUCUCACCUUAUUCAUCUGUCAUUUCAUAUCUAUCUUGAGGAGCACAAAGGUAAAAGUCCUUAUCUGCAUCAGUGUUUCAUUGAAAUGAUGUCCAGGAAUGUUAUUCCCACUGCAUGUCAUAUUCAGGGUUUCUUAUUUUCUGAACAGCAUCGUGCUGUUUUUGCCAUGAGGUACAUUGACAAAUGCUGGGAAAUAUACAGAGCUUUUUGUCGUCAGAAUACCAGACCUCCAUUUGAACCCACAAUGAAAAUGAGGCAGUUCCUUUGGAUGUUGAAUGAUUUCAAGCUUAUUGGCAAACAAUUAACUGCUUCAAGACUUGUGGAAAUACUUUUCAAAGAUGGUCCCUCCCUACACGACAGCAGCAGUAGCAACCUGGAGCAGGAGCUGGUUUUUCUUGAAUUUGUUGAAGCUCUUCUUCACUGUGCAUUGGUGUAUGUUACCAGUGGUAUGGUUAAGGAGCAGGUAGAUCGAGAUAAUCAGAAAAGAAGUAACUUUAGAAUGGAGGGUUUCUCUGAAGGAACCACAAAUGAGACUUUCUACAUGCAGUAUUCUCUCUCCCAGGUGCUGGGACCUUGUGAAGACAGAGGGCAAAGUCUUCAAGAAUUUCUAAUGGAUGAACUAGAAGCCCAAACUGGAAAAGAUAAGGAAUUUGAUUGGUGGAUGUAUCAAGUGCAAAUCUUCUUUACAGACAAGUUGUUUCCAGCCUACCAGCAUGAAAAAGCGUUGAAGGCAAAAAUAAAAGAAAAUCGAAUACGGAAUGCUGAGUUAGCUGAGCUGAGGAGGAGGAAGGAUGAGGAGAUAGCUAAACUUAUUGCUGAAAGAGAAGCAGAAGUUGCAAAAAAGCAGAAAGAAGCUGCAGAAGAAGAAGUGUCACUGGAGACCAAGAAUACAGUUUUUAAGGAGUUAGAAGAGCUUGGUGCACAGUUAGUACCCCCUCCAAAGGAAGAGGCAUCUGCUGUACCAGCCCCAGCUGUUACCAAGGUGCCUACAGGAACCAAGAGGAGGAGGAAGUAAAUCUUCUGAUGAGAUCCACUAAAUUGACAAGAAUAGUUUAGGUUUUACCUAGCGCUGACUACUGUGUGGCCUAUGGAAUAAAC